AGCGGGGCCGGGCCGGGCGCUAUUUGGGCCAUGUGAUGCCGGCCCGGCCCCGCUGGGUGCGCCGGGAGCAGCGGGCGCGGGGCUCGGCCUGCCCGGGCACGGCACGGCACGGCUCGGCUCGGCUCGGGCCAUGGUCCGGACGGCAGCCCGGGCACGGCAAUACUGAGUGGUGCACAUCUUGACAGAGUCUCCUGGCAACCUUUCCUGCAUGGCUGAGCGACAGCAGAGGCUGCCGGUGGAUCGAUGAGGCUGUGAGGAGGGAGCAGGGCGCACCAUGGGUCAGAAGGUCACGGGUGGGAUCAAGACCGUGGACAUGAGGGACCCGGUGUACCGGCCCCUGAAGCAGGAGCUGCAGGGGCUGGACUACAGCAAGCCCACGCGGCUGGAGCUGCUGCUGGACAUGCCGCCCGCGCCCUACGAGGUGCAGCUGCUGCACUCCUGGAACAACGAGGAUCGCUCGCUCAACGUCUUCGUCAAGGAGGACGACCGGCUGCUGUUCCACCGGCACCCGGUGGCACAGAGCACCGACGCCAUCCGCGGCAAGGUGGGCUACACGCGGGGGCUGCACGUCUGGCAGAUCACCUGGGCCGCGCGCCAGCGAGGCACCCACGCCGUGGUGGGGGUGGCCACGGCCCAGGCCCCCCUGCACUCGGUGGGCUACACCACCCUCGUGGGCAACAACCACGAGUCCUGGGGCUGGGACCUGGGCCGCAACAGGCUCUACCACGACGGCAAGAACCAGCCCAGCAAAACCUACCCCGCCUUCCUGGAGCCCGACGAGACGUUCGUGGUGCCCGACUCCUUCCUGGUGGUGCUGGACAUGGACGAUGGCACGCUGAGCUUCGUGGUGGACGGGCAGUACAUGGGCGUCGCCUUCCGGGGGCUCAAAGGCAAAAAGCUGUACCCGGUGGUGAGCGCCGUGUGGGGGCACUGCGAGAUCCGGAUGUGCUACCUGAACGGACUGGACCCUGAGCCCCUGCCCCUGAUGGACCUGUGCCGGCGCGCUGUCAGGCUGGCCCUGGGCAAGGACAGGCUGGCUGAGAUCCCCUCGCUGCCCCUGCCAGCCUCCCUCAAGAGUUACCUGCUCUACCAGUGACCCAGCAGCUGCAGGACCCAGCUGGAACCAUGGAUGGAGCUGCCCUGGGCUCUCCCUCUGCUACAGCUCCUGGCCAGAGCAUCCUGCCCCUGCUGCAGCUCCAGGACCCUUCCUGGCCAGUCUCAGGCACUCCUUGUGUCACAGCCCAGUGCUCUGCUCCUCGGGGCUCCUGGGAAGUCCCUGCCCCAGCACACUUACAAAAGGAACAUUUACAGAGGCUCUGUGCUUCCCUGCUCCUCCUGGGGAAAGGCUCUGCUGCUUCCUCUGGGUUUGAGGGGCUCAGGGAAUGGUUUUUCUGUACCAGCUAAAGAGGAGAAUGAUAAUAAAAUAAUAAGAAGAAGAACAGAAGAGUAAAAGUAAGAAUAAAAGCCUAAUUUGGGGAAAGAGGAGGCAUUAGGAAUAGAAAUAUUAAGACCAGGUCCUAAGAAUGGAAAGGCUCAGGAUGGCCAGCAGAGUUGGAAGGAGUCUGGAAUACCAUAAAGAAUUAACUGAUGAGUUUUUCAAACCCAAAAAAAUAACAAGUACAAGCCCAAGCCCUGAAACACCAAAACCAAGAGCCCUUCCAGCACCAGGACAGUUGUUAAUUUGGAGGAGGUGGUUGUGUUGCUGGUGGCUGUGUCUGUGCUGGGGCUUCUCUUGUUUCUCCCCAUUGCUUCUCCUGCUCCUCCUCUGCUCUGCCUCCUCCUGCUGGGUUUGGCUGGGCUGGUUUUGCUCCUUCCUGCCUGAGACCUGCAGCUUGUGCCUGGGAUUCCUGGUGCUGUGGGACAGGGCAGGACCCAGGUGUGCAGCAGGGUGGGAUCUUUGUCACUCAGCUGCAGGUGCUGUCCCCAAGCUCUGCCCUGUCCCUGCUGAGGCUUUAGGAAAAGGUUCCUGUAAUGGCACUGCCAGGGAAUUCUCCUUGGAGAAGCUGCUUCAGUCCAUCCAAACCCAGCCACAAAGCAGCUCCAUCUGCACUGAGCUGCAGCAGGAAUGGUUCUCUGGGCUGGGCUGGAGCUUGUUCAGAGGAGAGGGCACAGUGUGGCUGCACUUGCAGGAGGGGAUUCCUGCAGGGUGGGACUGGGGGGACUGAAGAGGCCAGGGGUGAUCUCAGGCACAGCAAGAGGAAACUGAAACCUCUGCAGGGCUGGGAGCAGGAGAGAGCUGCAAUAACCAGGACAAGCAAUUCAGGCACAAUCAGCACAUCCCAAAUAGAUCCUCAGUAGCCAAGUAAAGAGGAUGACACUCCUUUAUCAGCAGGAGCUGCUCUCUUGACCUCUCCACAGGUUACUAUGCUGCCUUUCUGGGGUUAUUUUGCACAUUUCUUUGUGUUUUUUUUCUUGAAAAAUGUUUGUGUGAUUGUUGGGUUUUUUGUUGGGUUUUUUUUGUUUGUUUGUUUGUUUUUUGUUUUUUGGUGGUUUUUUUGUUUUGUUUUGUGUUUUUUUUUUGUUUUUUUGUUUUUUUGGUUUUUUUUUUUUUUUUUUUUUUGUUUUGUUUUGUUUUGUUUUUUUUUGUUUUUUUUUGUUUUUUUUUUGUUUUUUUGUUUGUUUUUGUUUGUUUGUUUGUUUUUUUUUGUUUUUUUUUUUUUUUUUGUUUGUUUUUUGUUUUUUGUUUUUGUUUGUUUUUUUGCUUUUGAGUUAUCCCUUCAGUUUUGUGUAGGUACAAGUGAGUUUAGUUGUUGAAAAUGUUAAUAUAUAUAUUUGUGGUUUAUGUAUAAGAACAUGUUUUAAACAGCUGCUGUAGGGUACCUUUUUGAAAAUAAACUACUUGCAUAGUAUAUUUUUUAAAGCACAGAGUUGGUGCCAAGACUGGGUGGGGUGUGAUGUGCCCCUUUUUUUAUUCUAAUAUUAUAUGAGGUUUUUUUCACCGUAGAGGUUUGUACUAGUUUCUGUUGCAGGGUGGGACACAAAAUUCAGUGUGUGGAGCCCUACUUGGUUGCCUUCAACUUGAACCAGUGUCUUCCAGAACUGCAGGGAAGGAGCUGUGUUCUCCCUACUUCCAGUGCUCUUUGUGCUCCCCCAUUUCCAUCUCUCCUCACUUCACCAGGACAUUACUUUGUACAGUUUAAAAUUCUUUCUAUUUUAUGACUGUAGAUAAUACUCAGUAACCUAAUAAACUUUAUUAAAUAUUA